CUAUUGCUUUAUCAUUGAAAGAGACUGACAAUGCAACAACCUCAUCAUCAUCAUCAUUAUCAUCUCAACCAAACACACAGUCCAUGUCCAAUUCAAAUCAAAAGUCUAGUUUAUAUCCAUCAUUUUCACAAAUUCCAUUUAGUUCAUUGUCAAAUUAUUCCACAUCAACAUCGACAACAUCAUCAUCGUCAUUACCGUCAAACACUCCGAAAACAUCAUCAUCAACAACAACAGCAAAUCCUUACAAUUCCAAAGGAUACGUCAAAGCGCUGUAUGAUUUUGAAGCCGCAGAAGAUAAUGAAUUAUCAUUCAGAGCUAAUGAAUUCAUUCUACUCUUAAAUGAUUCCGAUGAGAAUUGGUGGUUUGGCAGUAAUCAUCAUGGUCAUCAAGGUUUAUUCCCUGCCCAGUUUGUUGAACGUUGUACACUGGACAAUGGUAAAUCUGUCCAGUCGAAUCCCGGUGAAAUUUCUUCACAGCAUACAAACAGAGAAAAUCAUGAUCAUGGUGAUCAUCAUCAUCAAUCUGUCAAAAAAUUUAUUCCACAGCUGGAUGAGAAAAAAAUCGACGAGUGUUUACGUUUAAUUACUACUGUUGAUCCUACUGGUGAAUAUCAACAAGAUCCACCGGAAUUAAGUCAACUGGAAGCUGAAUGUACUGCAAUGAUUCCACUUGUUGAUCCUGAAUUAAAAUUAAUCGAUAAAAAGAUGAUUAUGCUGACCGAAUUGAAUCAACGCUUACUGGAUGCAUUUCAAUUGUAUCAUGAUGUGAUGGCACGUCAAAAUUUGUCAUCCAAUGCUUAUUAUACCGGAAUGUUGCCUAAUACCGGUGCUGUGACUGCCGACGCAGCAGCAGCGGCGGCGGCCGCCGCCGCGGCCGUCAAUCAGACAAAUCCUUAUUUACUACCAGGAAAUCCUCCGAAUGUAUAUUCAUAUAACCAGCAAAUAUCAUCGAUGCCUAAUAAUAAUUAUAUGAUGAAAUCGUCGCCUACAGUACCUAUG